AUGCCAGCCUCACCAAAUAUCGCUCCUGGCCCCGAUACCAUCAGCAUCCUCUUGACCACAGAUAACCAUGUGGGCUACAACGAGAACGACCCUAUCCGAGGCGACGAUGCCUGGAAAACCUUUCACGAAAUCACCAAGAUAGCCAAGGAACGCGAUGUGGACAUGCUCGUCCAGGGAGGUGACCUUUUUCACAUCAACAAGCCGUCCAAGAAGUCGUUCUUCCACGUCAUGAAGUCUCUCCGCUUGAACUGUAUGGGAGAUAGGGCCUGUGAGCUUGAAAUGCUCAGUGACCCCAGCUUGGGGUUGUACAACGGCUUCAAUACUGUCAACUACGAGGAUCCCAACUUGAACAUAUCAGUACCCGUCUUUGCAAUCAGCGGAAAUCACGACGAUGCCACGGGCGACGGCUUCCUCCUGCCCCUCGACAUUUUGUCAAUAUCUGGGUUGAUCAACCAUUUCGGCAAGGUGGAAGAUAACGAGGACAUCACAGUUUCUCCGUUGUUGUUCCAAAAAGGGCUCACAAAAUUGGCCCUAUACGGUCUUGCCAACGUCCGUGAUGAAAGACUCCAUCGUGCUUUCCGCGACGGCCUUGUCAAGUUCCAAAGACCCAACAUUCACACCCAACAGUGGUUCAAUUUAUUUUGCAUCCACCAGAACCACGCCCAGCACACCUACACAUCCAGCAUCCCGGAGAACUUUCUCCCCAAAUUUUUGGAUUUCGUGCUAUGGGGCCAUGAACAUGAAUGUAUUCCCGUUCCUAGCCAUAAUCCAGAGUGUGGGUUUGAUGUGCUACAAGCGGGCUCUUCCGUGGCCACUUCAUUGGCAGAAGGCGAAUUAUCGGAGAAGUUUGUCUUCAUAUUGAAUAUAAAGGGCAAAGAGUACUCCAUCGAGCCAGUCAAAUUAAGGACCGUCAGGCCGUUUGUUAUGAAGGAAAUUCAAUUGCUGGCAACAAGUCUUCUUCCUGGAGCCGCAUCCAAAAAUGAUGUGAUUGAAUUCUUGUCCGAGGAAGCGGAACGUUCGAUUGCUGAAGCGAACCAAAAAUUUAGGCUAUCCAACAAGGACUUUUUCUCUGAUCUGGAUCCCCUGUUUAACCAGGAUAAGAUACCUUUGCCAUUGAUCCGCUUAAGAGUAGAUUAUAGUGGAGGGUUCGAGAUCGAGAAUGCCCAACGGUUUUCGAAUAGGUUCGUGGGAAAAAUAGCGAACGUCAAUGAUGUAAUUCAGUUUCACAAGAAAAGAGCAAAGGAAACUGACAAUUUAAUCAGGAAAACAAAGUUCGUUGAUAAUGACCUAUUCAAGCAAGGUAUCAACAAAAAGAAGAGUACUGAGAUUCAACUUAAUGAUUUGAUGAGCGAGUUUCUCAAACAGGCUGAAUUGUCUCUUUUACCAGAAGUGGGCAUCAAUGAUGCAGUUCAAAAGUAUAUUGAAAAUGACGACAAGCAUAUUCUAGAACAAUUCAUAAAGAAAGAAAUAAGGAAGGAGAAGGAACUAUUGCUUCAGAUUGAUGUUGAUGAUGAGGAGUUUCACGGUGCAGAUGAAACUCAAACAAAAAAUGCAUUUAAACACGUUUUAGCGCAGGUAAAAAAGGAGAACUCGAAAAGGGCCGUGUCCUACGAACCAGAACAAUCUCCUGAACCAGAACAGCCAGAGGUACCAAAAACCAAAACCAAAACUACCAAAGCCAAGAACAAGGCUCCAAAAAAAUCCACGAAGGUUGAAAAGAGUGCAGUCUAUGUGAGCAACUCCGAAUCCGAUUCAGAGACUUUGAACAGGCCAGCAAGUUCUAGGCCAUCAAGGAAAUCGAAAGCCAAAGCAAAGCUGCAAAUCCAAGAGGUGGAGAUAUUUAGUGGUUCUGAUAGCGACGCCUACAUGGAAUAG